GGAGACCGCCGCAGCUCCGCCCCAGUCGCCUGUCUACUCACGCGCUCACUGCCCCUCGCCCUGUGGGCCUUGCUGCCACUGAGUGUACGCUCGAUCGUCCAGACCCCACUGCGUCACCAUGUUGGGCAUGAUCAGGAACUCGCUGUUCGGGAGCGUGGAGACGUGGCCUUGGCAGGUUCUAAGCACCGGGGGCAAGGAAGACGUCUCCUAUGAGGAAAGAGCCUGUGAAGGGGGGAAGUUUGCUACUGUGGAAGUGACAGACAAGCCUGUGGAUGAAGCUCUCCGGGAAGCAAUGCCCAAGAUCAUGAAGUAUGUGGGCGGCACGAAUGACAAAGGAAUCGGCAUGGGUAUGACGGUCCCAGUCUCCUUCGCCGUGUUUCCCAAUGAAGAUGGCUCCCUACAGAAGAAACUGAAAGUCUGGUUCCGGAUUCCAAACCAAUUUCAAGGCAGCCCACCGGCCCCCAGUGAUGAGAGCGUGAAGAUCGAGGAGCGGGAAGGAAUCACUGUCUAUUCUACGCAAUUCGGUGGCUAUGCCAAGGAAGCAGACUACGUUGCUCACGCCACCCAGUUACGUACCACCCUGGAGGGCACACCAGCCACCUACCAGGGUGACGUCUACUACUGUGCUGGAUACGACCCUCCCAUGAAGCCCUAUGGACGUCGUAAUGAGGUCUGGCUUGUGAAGGCAUGAGUCACUCGCUGAACUGAGGACAUCCUGGAAGGGUGCCACUGUGUCCCCUGACUUGGGGUCAAGAAGGGGCGGUGCUUUUCCCGUUCCAGCUUUCCCUCAAAAUCCCUCUCUGCCAGUUUUCUGAAGUAAGCCAAGAUUGGCAGCAUCGUUCUUGAAUUAGAAAGUUCUGUGGCAGAUCAGAAAAAAUCCCAGCGGCAUUUCCUCUGCCAUCUGGGUCACUAAAAACUGGUUUUUUAAUAAUUGUCGAAUUUGUAUUUUUGUUAGUGAGGAAAUAUUAUGUGAUUUAUGCAUGAACUUUCAUCUGUGGUUCUUUUAAGAACUUUGUCUAGAAAGAAACCAAAAAUACAAAUCUUUGACUUAAGCAGCA